CGAUCAGCUGCAGCUGACACUGCCGUGAUAAUAAAUUAAAAUACGUCGUGGAAUAAAGUAUUGAAUAAAAAGAUAAAGAUAGAUGGAUAAAGGUAAAAGGCCUCCAGAGUUCAGGCUUCCAACUUUCUACACAUGACCCAUCUAUUCACUCAUCGAUGCGCAUUUGGCUGAGUCAGGAAACGAGGAAAACGAAGCUUUUGUAGACUGUAAGAAAGUAAGAGAGAAAGAAGACAUCCUCGCUCACGCAUUAGGACGUUAUUUUGUUCUCAUCAGCAGUAAAGUAACUGGUAACAGUGAUAACUGGUGAGUGUUUUACUUACUACGUCGUAAUUCGCAGACCACAGUCGUCGCACUGCGCAGCUUUGUACGUAAUACCCGUUGUCCGUGUAUCGAACUCGAACGAAUAUUGUUCGCCGUGCGUUACGAUUUUUUUUUACGCUUACCAAUCGACUUUCUGUGUCAAUCAUAGUUCGCUAAAUCGUUAUUAGCGCCGUAAACAUUUUAUUACGACGUAUUUAUUGUUCUAUCGUUUGUUUCUGUCCCGUCUUUUGAUAUUGUGUUUUUCUUUAGUUUGUGAGUCUACCGACCAAUUUUUUCUAGUCGUCAACAAUAUCGUCACCGAUCACUCGUCCUACGUUUGUAAGUGUCCCCAGACUUAUGUUUCCUAGUGUAUAUUUCACGAAUUUAUUAUCUAAACAGUCAUAAACAAGACAAUUUUAUUAUACCACACCCGUCUUAGGAGGAGUUUCUCAGCUUACAGACGUGCGUGUUUGAUCGCCACGCAACGAGCACAGCAGUACUACAAUUACUGCAGGUGACACAAAGAAUACACAUCGUCCGGUCAAAUUCCUUAGUACGUGUACCCAGAGACCAUGGCGACUAGGAAAAAGGUACUUUUGAAAGUGAUUAUAUUGGGCGAUUCGAGUGUUGGUAAAACGUCGCUAAUGAACCAGUACAUCAACAAAAAGUUCACCAACCAAUACAAAGCGACGAUCGGUGCCGACUUCCUGACCAAAGAGGUGAUGGUCGACGAUCGGAUCGUAACAUUGCAGGUAAAGCUCAUUUUUACUUGGAUGUUUUAUUUUGUAGUCCCUAUUUUCGUGUAUUGUGUCAGUCAAGGUCAAUAGACUUUUUUAGCUACUGUAAGGUCGAUUAUUCUACAUUUGAUUUGAUACCUAAUUGUUUGUAAGUCGUAGGUACCCAUAGGUAAUAAUUAUCUUUUUUAUCGUUUUUGGUUUGCAAAAAUUACGACUUUUCCUUAGUAUUACGUUAAAAAUAUGUCUUCAAUCAUCUUACUUUAAUAAAUAGGUAACUAAAUAAAAUUAAUGUCAUCAAGUUUUCUAUAAACAAUCUUAAUUACAUACACAUUAAUUAACAAUAGGCAAUAGCAUUAUAUUGUAUUAACUAUUGUAUUUAUGUGUAGAUUUAUACUUGACUAGGUAGGUACCUCGUACCGAACAAAGAAAUAUUUAAUAUGCUACAAUUUAUAUUUCAUUUAUUUAUCAUAUGGUAAAAUUACUAUUGUCACAAUGUUAUAUAUUAUUACAAAUACAUCUGUUCUGCAUUGAACUAUAUAUUAUAAUAGAACCUGCAUUCCUACUAUUAUCGUUUUGUUAUCUUUGUGAGAUUAUAAAUGGCAUUCAACAAUAAUUAUUAAAACUUCAAUAAUACACUGUGGGUGUCUUAAUACUUUUUUGAUACCUAUUGUAAUUUAGCAACAGUAGUUAUAUAGUGUAAUUAUAGUAGGUACCUCCAUAUUGUGUUUUUUCAAUGAAAUACUUGGGUAUUAUAGUAACAAUUUUUCUAUAUUAGGUAUAAGAAAUACUUGAGUAAAACAAAUGGUUGGUUAAUUUAAGUAAGUCCUAAUUGGUCAUUCAUUUGUUUAAUAGUAUUUAAUACAACUUUAUCACAAAUUAAGAUCAUUAAAACUCUUAGGUAACAAAUUAUCUUUUUAAUGAAAACUCAAGCGCUCUGGUUUUUACUAAUAAUAUUCUAUAGUUCACAGGUCAUUUUUAUUUUAUAUAUCCUUGUUCAUAUCAGUCAUCAAAAUAUUAUUUAGAAAUAUUUUUUUUUAAACUCAUGUUAAUGUUAGUUGUUAGGUUAUUUAUUAUUGCUUUUAUGCUAUCUUAUAAACAUAAUUUUUUUCAAUACAUUUUUUUAAUUUAACAGCUCUAGGAAUUUUAUUCAUAACUUUAUUAGGCAGUUACUAAAAACCAUUUUAAGUUUAUGGCCUUGAAAUAAUUCUAGUUUUCCUUGAAAACAAUUAUUGUACUUUCACUUCCUGAAAUUAAUCAAAAAUUGUAUAUACUUAAAUUGAUAACUAGUUUCAAGUAAUUAUGUAAUGUAGAUAACACCCACCCAAUUUAAAUCCCAUGAUGCAAAUCAACAAUAUGUUUAGAUAUACACUCCCUUUUUAGGUACAAAAUAUAAUGUAUAUAGGUACUUACCUGUAUACAAAUACAAGAGAGCUGCUAUUUUAAUAUUCUAUUAUUUAUUAUUGAUGAUUAAAUAAUUUAUUUAAUUUUAACUUAAUAAUAGCAAAACUCAUAGCACAAUGUAUACAUUUUUGUUAAGUAGGUAAGUUUAAAAUUUAUUUAUUGUUAAUUUGAUAAUAAUUAAAUAUUAAAAUGAUAAACAUUGUUUUGAGAAAAAUUAUUUGUUUAAGUACCUAUAUUUACUGCCCUCCUAAGCAAAAACGCUGCAAGUCCAAAAAAAUUUUGAUCUGAUUUAUUUUUCCAGUACUUAAAAUUAUGUGCUUUCUGUAUGUAUAUUAUAAGCUCUGAAAUCUUCUUAUUGUGUUCGGUGCUAGAUGUUAUAUGUUAUUAAAUUAAUAAAUAAAAUAAUCUAAGAACAAAAGUAGGAUGAAAAUAUAGAAUAUAAAAUAAAUGUUUAAAUGUUUAAAUAUUAUGUUUGAGCCAAUAGGUGGCGACUGAUAUUGCCUUUUCGUUGGCUAGAGCUAACUGUAAUGUUAUUAAAUACAAAUAUAAUUUACCAACAUGAAUUAAAUCAUGGUUUAUUUAGUGAUUAUCAAUGAUUAUCUUCUAGAGGGCUUUUCUGACAAUUUGUGGGGCUCGAAGCAGAAAAAAAUUGCAAGGUCUAAAAUUAUAUAUCAUUGAAAUCAACAAAUGCAUUAUAAUGCAAUAUUAUGUUUCAUUUAAUAGUUUCACAAAAAAAGUUAAUACAUCUUUUUCUUUUAAUCAUCAAUUUAAUUAUUUUUAAUUUUUCCAUGGCAUGUAUGGCUUGUCCAACAGUGGUAAAAGUGUUGGGCCCCGCUCUCUUUGCCUUAGGGUUAGCCCUGAUGUUAUUAUAAAAUUAUAUUAAAUAUAGAAAUUUACAGAUUACUUUUAUACAAAAAUUGUAUUGUUUUGAUAUUAUACUUAAUAGUACCUAAUUAUUCAUUCAGAUAUGGGAUACAGCUGGCCAAGAACGUUUUCAAUCUUUGGGAGUUGCAUUUUAUCGUGGUGCUGAUUGUUGUGUAUUGGUAUUUGAUGUUGCAUCUCCAGGAUCUUUUAAAUCUCUAGACGGAUGGCGAGACGAAUUUCUAAUACAAGCAUCACCAUCUAAUCCUGAUCACUUUCCUUUUGUUGUCCUUGGGAACAAAGCUGACCUAGAAAACCGAACAGUGAGUACAUUUAUUAUAAUCAAAUUAUACUUAUGAACAAUAUUUAAUUGAAAAUAAUUAUGUGUAGGUUUCCACUAAAAGAGCUCAGCAAUGGUGCCAGAACAAGAAUGGUUUACCGUACUUCGAGACAUCUGCUAAAGAAGCAACCAAUGUUGAUCAAGCGUUCAUAACAAUAGCGCGAAAUGCUUUAGCUCAAGAUACAGAUGUAGAGUUGUAUAAUGAUUUUCCAGAACAAAUUAAGUUGAGUGGUUCUACAGAAAAUAGAUCCUCUGGUAGUGAUAAUUGUGCUUGCUAGUAAUAGUAAUCUAUUGAAGUCACUGGAAUACCGCUGUCUAUUAUUAAAAUACUCCUUGGCCAAGAUUCUAGCAAGUAUCCCAAUGUUAUUGUCUAGAGUAUAAUUAAUUAUUAUAUAUAUAUAUGUGUGUGUGUGUGUGUGCGCGUAUGUGUGUGUACCUAUGUAUAUAUAAAAAUUAAUGGAAAAAAAAGAGCAUUAUUUAAAGCGUGGGAAUAGUCUAUUCUUUAAUAUUUGAAUUUAAGUUAUAAAUAUAUAUUUUAUUACUAUUGUUUCUACUUAUAUGUACAUCAUUAUUACCUUACCUACCCAUAUAUUAUUUUUAUAAUUAUUAUAUAAUUUUUUUUUGACAGCAAUCUUAAAUAUUUUGUUGUAGUUUCAAUAUAUUAUAUCUUAUUUAUAAAAUAUUGGUACAUAUUAUUCUUUAAUUUAAUAUACAUAUUCAUAUGUAAAAUAAAUAUUUCAAAAAUAGAACAAUUUUUUUAACAAAUUAACUGCCAAAAGAACCAAUUCAAAAUAGUAUAAUGUGUCUUAAUGCCAUCUGGUUUUAGAACAUUUUUACAAUGUUUGUCAUUACUGGUCACUGAUUAAUUUAAUCAGUAAUUUAGUUAUAUAAUACAACAAAUGGGACAUUAAAAAAAACAUUACAUUUGUUUUGAUAUAUGCAUGCACCUAUUACCUAGAGAUUUUAUGCAAAAAUUUGUUUUAGAAAAAACUGACAAUUACAGCUUAUGAUCAACCACAUUUUAAAUAUUCCAAAGCAUUGUUUUUGAUAGGCUAAAACAAUUUUAUUUUUUUAAAAUCAAAUAAAAACUAAAAUACUAGAAAUUUUAAAUUAUAUAAAAAGUCAAGCGAGCUGUUGAUUCAAUAUAUGAUCUUGGAUUUACGCUACUUCUACUUUCUCCAAUCAAGCAUAUUGAAACUGCUGCCAAUCCUUUAAGCUCUUAGGAUUUGUCCUCUGGGACCCUCACUCUACUGUGUAUGCUUAUGCUAUGAUAGAGAGAGUUCAGAGAUGCUUUUCCCAUGUGCUCUCCUAUUAAAGGCUCAAUAUUUCCCAUCCACAUAACUAUUUAUAACAAUAUAUAUAUAAUAAACAAUAAUUAUUUUAUGUGAUUAAUUAUCAUACUUGCUAAAUAUUUAAUACAAUUUAUUCUUAUUUCUCUCCUUAUAUUAUUCAAAAUCCAUAUAUAAGUGUCAAAGUUUAGAAUCCAAAUCAUAAUUAAAAUCAAAGUCUAAGGAAUUACAAAUUACCCUUACCUUUCGGCUUUUGGGUUCAUUAAAUAACAUUUAUGAAAUAUGUUCAUAAGCAUAUAUAUGUAUAAGAUUUAAUGAAAUAGGUAAUGCACAUAUUUUCAAAAAAACAUAAAUAAUCACAAUAACAAUACUUCGUGGGUUAAAGUAGCAACUCAAGCAUAUGCAGCGUAGCCUGUGGCAGUUUAAUUGUGACUCAUUUCAGGAUGUUAUCAAAAGUGAAAUUUGAUCUCCUUAUUAUAGUCUUCAUAAUUUCUAUUUGAAUUUUUAUUUUAGACCGUGUCUAGUGAACACUAGAAAAAAGACACUGAACACAGGCAAUCAGAGCAAAAAGUGUAGUUUAAAAGUAUUGCAAAUCGCUGGAAUACGCUUUGAUUAGUAGUAAUGUCAGUUUUGCCAAAGAUUAUAAGUUAUUUAUUAUAUUCAAUAGAUUUUACUUGUAAAACAUAAGGAGUUUCAAUUUAGUAAAUAAGUAUAUAAAUACAAAAUUUAUAUAUUUAAAAAAAAAAACAAAAAUUAAUAAAUGUGUCAUAUUAUGAUAAGUGUACUAUACGACCGGUUUCAAAUUAAAAAUUCAUUACAGGUAUAUCACAGUCAAAAUGUAAAACGUGACUGAAUAUAAAAAAUUUAAUUAAUGCAUAGAGAGAAAAAAAAGAUAUCUUAGGAUAACGGGGACGGGUUUAUGUCAUGUUUAGCAAAAUUUGAAUAAGAAGCAAUCUUUUUUUAUUUUAUUUCAGAAAUGUGUUCUUUAGAUUUUAUUUCAAAAUUUCUAUUUGUCUUACCUAUAUAAAAUGUAUUACAGUUACAUUUAAGUUUAUAUAUACCAGCAUUUUCAAAAGAAGAGAAAUUUUUGUGAAGUUUUUAG